AAACACCCCUGAGUUUCAGACAGAAACUUACUCUGAAUACGUGCAUUCACAGGGCUGUCCAGAAAUGGGGACCUGGAUUUUAUUUGCCUGCCUCCUGGGAGCAGCCUUCUCUAUGCCUCUACCACCUCAUCCUGGGCACCCUGGUUAUAUCAACUUCAGCUAUGAGGUGCUUACCCCGCUGAAGUGGUACCAGAACAUGAUCAGGCCUCCGUACCCUUCCUAUGGUUACGAACCCAUGGGUGGAUGGCUGCACCACCAAAUCAUUCCCGUGCUGUCCCAGCAGAACCCCCCGAGUCACGCCCUGCAGCCUCAUCACCACAUCCCCAUGGUGCCAGCUCAGCAACCCGUGGUCCCCCAGCAACCAAUGAUGCCCGUUCCCGGCCAGCACUCCAUAACUCCUACCCAACACCACCAGCCCAACCUCCCCGCCCCCGCCCAGCAGCCCUACCAGCCCCAGCACGUCCAGCCGCAGCCUCACCAGCCCAUGCAGCCCCAGCCACCCAUGCACCCCCUCCAGCCCCUGCCGCCGCAGCCACCUCUGCAUCCGAUGUUCCCCAUGCAGCCCAUGCCCCCCCUUCUUCCUGAUCUGCCUCUGGAAGCCUGGCCGGCAACCGAUAAGACCAAGCGCGAAGAAGUGGAUUAAAAGAUCAGAAAGCAAGAGGACAACAGAAGUAGCUGUUUCAGUUGCUUUCAUAAAGACACAAGAACAUAAUGAUUUGUGUCAACCAUCACUUUACUUCGUAAAUUCUGUAACGAAAAACGAGUACCACUAGCAAACAAUAAAAUGCUUUAAAAAUCA